AUCCAGGGAAAACAGGGCCCGUUACCCUUCUCGGAGCUGGUAAGCCAGCGUGCAGGCAGGUGCUGGGGCGCUGGGCCCUCCGGGAGAGGGACUCCGAUGCUGGCAGAUGCCACCCACCUUGCAUGUUCUUGCCACCUGGUUACCCAGAGGCCCUGCCUCUGCCCCUGCGGAGUCUGGGCCCGAGCAUUCCCAAGUCACCCGCUGUCCUGCGGUCGUCAGGCUGAUAACAUGGGGAAGAGGGGGAUUCAGGUAAACAGACUCCGAUGGAGAAGCUGAGCCAAGAGAAGCCGAGCUGAUGGACAGGACGCUGGAAUGGGAAGGCGCCAGGGCCCUCAGAGGAAGGCUUCGCUCACGUCUACGUGAACAACCAAGAUGAUUCUGGAAUGUAGACUAUCUGACUGACAUCGGCACGGCGUGCUCCCCAACCUUGCUUGCGAUCUUUUUCAUGAGGAAAACAGAUUUAACAUUGAACCUCCACCGUUAGAGUCCUGUCCCUAAUCUGUCUGAUGACUUCAGCUAUGACUCCACGUCUUCCAUGGAUGACUAUGAGAACUUAAACUUGUUGGACUUCUUCUGUAAGAAAAACAACGUCAGGGAGUUUGCGAGCCACUUCCUCCCGCCCCUGUACUGGCUGGUGUUCAUCGUGGGCACCGUGGGCAACAGUCUGGUCAUCCUCGUCUACUGGUACUGCACCAGGGUGAAGACCAUGACGGACAUGUUCCUGCUGAAUCUGGCCAUCGCUGACCUUCUCUUUCUGGCCACUCUUCCCUUCUGGGCCAUCGCCGCUGCCGACCAGUGGAAAUUCCAGACCUUCAUGUGCAAAGCGGUCAACAGCAUGUACAAGAUGAACUUCUACAGCUGUGGGCUGCUGAUCAUGUGCAUCAGCGUGGACAGGUAUAUCGCCAUUGCCCAGGCCACGCGAGCGCAGACCUGGAGGCAGAAAAGGCUUCUAUACAGCAAAAUGGUUUGCAUUGUCGUCUGGGUGAUGGCGGCCGCUCUCUGCAUCCCAGAGAUCCUGUACAGCCAACUCAAGAGGGAUUCUAACAUCACCAUCUGCACCAUGGUGUACCCUCGUGAUGAGAGUACCACGUCGAAGUCGGUCGUCUUGACCCUGAAGGUGAUCCUGGGGUUCUUCCUUCCCUUUGUGGUCAUGGCUUGCUGCUACACCAUCAUCAUUCACACUCUGACCCAAGCCAAGAAGUCUUCCAAGCACAAGGCCCUGAAGGUGACCAUCUCCGUCCUUACUGUCUUUGUCUUAUCUCAGUUCCCCUACAACUGCAUCCUGUUGGUGCAGACCAUCGACGCCUUCGCCCGGUUCAUCUCGAGCUGUGCCGUUUCCAUCAACCUUGACAUCUGCUUCCAGGUCACGCAGACCAUUGCCUUCUUCCACAGCUGCCUGAACCCAGUCCUCUACGUGUUUGUGGGCGAGAGAUUCCGCCGGGAUCUUGUGAAGACCCUGAAGAACCUGGGCUGCAUCAGCCAGGCUCAGUGGGCCUCCUUUGCCAGAAGAGAGGGCAGCUUGAAGAUGUCCUCGGUGCUGCUGGAGACAACCUCAGGGGCUCUGUCCUUGUGAGGGACCGUCUCGCAGGGGUGGAUGGUCCCUUUGGAAGUGACAAUAAAUACAGAUACAGCUUCCCCACUGAUGGGACCAGAGGGACACCACAGAAGAAAGAGGAAGUGAGAGAGAGACACCUCAGAAAGGAAUAAUUGGAACAUUAUUAGUUUGAGUCAGAAUUCGCCAAGCCA